GUGCGUGUGUUUCCUCUCGUUCUUUAUCAGAGUCUCCAAAAUAAGUAGGGGUGGGCAGGGGCUGCGGGGUUCCACACGCCUUUCCUCCACUUACUGCGGGCCCUCGGCAGGAGGGAGCCUUCCCGGCCUCAUCUGUAGAGGAGCCUCGAGACCCCGGCACCAUGACACAGCUGCCAGCAGUGACCACUCUCCUCCUCCUGCUUUCCAGCCUCUGCCGUGGUGUCACAGGUGAUACAAAUACCUCUACUCCUGCACCAGCAGCAGCAACAGUUUCCACAACAAAAAUAUCUGUAUCAACAACAAACACAACCAGUGAUGCUACUGAACCAACAACUGGAACAUCUCCUACUGGAACAGCCAGCACUAGCACACCGCGGCUGCUGUCAGUUACUCCGUCAACAGCAGGUAGAAGUACAGCAGGAAGAACAACCAGUGGAAUAACAAAGAAUGAAUCUGUCACCACUGAAGAGACCGUGAUGAAUUCCUCAUUCCAGAGCUCCCCAAACAUGACUGGGAAUCAGAGUUCAAUCAACACAACAGAAGUAUCAGUUAGCACCCAACAGCGAGAUCCACCACCUUCUGAAUCCACUGUGGUACCCUUCACACUAACGUCGGAGAACAUCUCACAGUUUCAAGGGAUGGAAGAUGGAAAAAGUCCAAGUUCUUCUUCACCCAGCCCCUCUUAUUCCAGUAUCAUUUUGCCGGUUGUCAUAGUUUUGAUUGUUAUAACCCUCUCAGUAUUUGUUCUGGUGGGUUUGUAUCAAAUGUGCUGGAAGAAAGACUCAGGCACUCCGGAAAACGGAAGUGAUCAACCACAGUCCAACAAAGAGAGUGUGAAGCUGCUUACUGUCAAGACAAUUUCUCACGAGUCUGGCGAGCGCUGUGUGGCAGAGAAGACCAAGAACUGAGCAUGUGAAGAAUCCGCCUACACCGGGCACUGAAUACGCUUAAUCUUCAGCUUCUCUGUUCCAGCAGUGGGAGGAAUCUCCAGGAAUCAGCCCUGACUUCUGCUCUUCCUCAUCAAUCUGUAAAGUGACCUCAAGAUGACAGGCAGUGGCAGAAUCCAAAAGAACAGCAGGCUUCUCCAGUCCUCACAGUGUCACAAAGCAUAUUACUCCCCCUCAAGAGACCUACCAGGAGAGUGGGUUCGGGGGCUUCAUGAGAGCUGGACCCCGGCUGGUGUCAAGUUUGAAGCUUCUGGGGCUGAUCGCUUUAUCUGUGGAAGUGCCUCCACUUUCUUGGAGUCCUUAUAUUACCCAGUGUUUGUAUUUAUUGUUCUGUAGUAUGUUAAUGCAGGGAAACUUUGCAAGUGUAUUAUUGAGAAUUAGGUAGAAAUCAUACCGUGCCACUUUGUACAUAUAGGUAUUUUAUUCAUGUUUUCAUGUGUUACUUUAAUAAAUAAUUGCUGUACUUACACUAAAACCAUCCUAACAUGACUGGGAAAUGGCAGUGGUAUUGUCUUCCCCUGAUUAUGAGUAUCUUUGGAUUGUUUUUUAGAAAAAAAAGAACUCAUCAGACUCUGAGAGAAGCUUCUGUAAUAUGUGAGAAAGGGACAAAGGGUCUGUGCAUCAGAUGCUGUAAGGGGAAAAAUAUUGAUCUUUUUCCUUUUUUUUUCUUUUUUGGCUUUAUUUGUAAUCACUCUGUGUGACAAGGAUGUAAGGGCACCUUACAAGCUCUGGAAUGUAUUCAUGAAGAAGGGCAGGAUGGCAACCCCUCAUUAAUCUAUUUGGUUGAUACUAACUCUGUAGAGGUUUUAUUUCUUUUAGAAAUGUAAUAACUUGUUCUAGCAAUCAUUGCUACAACUCUGGUUUGUAUAAAACCAACAUUCCUAAAUACAUAAUUGGAAUAUUAA